AUGGGGCGUAAAGCGAUCGCAAACCUCAAACCACGUACAGUGGGCGAUACGCGUCAACCCAACCCGGCCAACGGAAGCGCGGAGCCGCCCCCCCCCCGCGCGGUCCCGCCCCCAAGCCUGACGGACGCGCGCCGGGACCAGCCGCGCGGCCGCUCGCCGCCCGGAUCCCGCGGCAGCCAAUGGCGGCGCGCGAGGGCGGGGCCUCCCGGGCGGAGGGCCGCCGCCGCCGCCGCCUCGGCCGCCGCCGCCCCCAAUAAUGGCCAGAAUAAAAGUUUGGCGGCGGCGGCUCCCAACGGGAACGGCGGCAGCAACUCCUGGGAGGAGGGCAGCUCGGGGUCGUCCAGCGACGAGGAGCACGGUGGCGGUGGCAUGCGGGUGGGACCCCAGUACCAGGCGGCGGUGCCCGACUUCGACCCCGCCAAACUGUCAAGGCGCAGUCAAGAACGAGACAAUCUUGGCAUGUUGGUCUGGUCACCUAAUCAGAAUCUUUCAGAAGCAAAAUUGGAUGAGUACAUCGCUAUCGCCAAAGAGAAGCACGGGUACAACAUGGAGCAGGCUCUUGGGAUGCUCUUUUGGCAUAAACAUAAUAUUGAAAAAUCACUGGCCGAUUUGCCCAACUUUACCCCAUUUCCAGAUGAGUGGACUGUAGAAGAUAAAGUCUUAUUUGAGCAAGCUUUUAGUUUUCAUGGGAAAACUUUUCAUAGAAUCCAGCAAAUGCUUCCGGAUAAAUCCAUAGCAAGUCUGGUGAAGUUUUACUACUCCUGGAAGAAAACAAGAACUAAAACCAGCGUGAUGGAUCGUCAUGCUCGGAAACAAAAGCGGGAGCGGGAGGAGAGUGAGGAUGAACUGGAAGAAACAAAUGGAGGUAACCCCGUUGACAUUGAGAUUGAUCCAAACAAGGAAAGCAAAAAGGAGGUGCCCCCUACUGAGACAGUUCCUCAGGUCAAAAAAGAAAAGCACAGCACACAAGCUAAAAACAGAGCAAAAAGGAAACCUCCAAAAGGCAUGUUUCUUUCUCAAGAAGACGUGGAGGCUGUGUCUGCCAAUGCUACUGCUGCAACCACGGUGCUGAGACAGCUGGACAUGGAGCUGGUCUCCAUCAAAAGACAGAUUCAGAACAUUAAGCAGACGAACAGUGCUCUUAAAGAAAAGCUUGAUGGUGGAAUAGAGCCUUACCGACUUCCAGAGGUUAUUCAGAAGUGCAACGCACGCUGGACUACAGAAGAGCAGCUUCUGGCCGUACAAGCCAUCAGGAAAUAUGGGCGAGAUUUUCAGGCAAUCUCAGAUGUGAUUGGGAACAAGUCAGUUGUUCAGGUGAAAAACUUUUUUGUAAAUUAUCGACGCCGCUUCAACAUAGAUGAAGUUUUACAAGAAUGGGAAGCAGAACAUGGGAGAGACGAGACCAAUGGGCCCAGUAACCAGAGACCUGUCAAGUCCCCGGAAAGCUCCACCAAGAUCCCUGAGGAAGAAGAUGAGGCUGCUUCUGUCCUCGACGUAAGAUACGCAUCUGCCUCCUGAAACCUGCUGGUAGCUUGAACACUUGGUGUGGACGACGUGUUACCCAGAUAUCAGGUAUUCCAAGACAUCGCUAGCCAUCUGCAUCACAUCUCUGUGGACAAGCAGCUAUUACCAAAAAAGGCAUACACUUCCAGUCCUGUGCUACAUCUGCCUUAAUUCUUUGCUCGUUCCUCCAUGUUGGCACGACUUCCCAGAGAGCUCCGUUGCAUCUCAUUCUGCCUAAGGGCUGGGGGACCCACGGCCUGCACACCUCCCUCGAGUCUGGGACCUACCCUCCAAUUGGCUCCCCUGAGCCCCAACAAUGGCAGCUCUCCCAGUCAACAGCUUCAGAACAGGUAGUCUUGAAAGGCCCAGCUCUGUUCCUGCAUGGCCUGCAGUUUCUACUUUGUGCAUAGUGUAAUUCUCAGAAGGCCCUAUAGGCCUUCUAGAAAAUUUCUCCCCUUCUUUUCUGGGGCAACCACCUAAGUAAUACCAUGCUUCUUUGGAAAUCACAAUCCAUUGGCAGACCACAUCGUAACCUUUAUCAUACCAAGCUUCCUGAUACAGCUCCUGUCUUUCAAAACAGAGGGUAGAGUUACGGUUUAUGUAUAGGUCAGGUGGCUCCUCUCCCCUCCCUCUCUCCCCUAACUCUUUCCCUUUUCUCCCUUUCCAAGUGGUAAAAGCUCAUUUGCAGCAACUGUCCUUGGACAUUGUAGCUUAAUGGGAACGUGGACCUCAACGCUUUCUGCCUUCAACCUUCAGCAUUGUAAUCCCAGGAUGUGGGUGCACCCCGUCUCUUCUUGACUCCCCAACUACCACUAUCAUCACCCAACUCUGAGAGAUUUGGUUCAUAUCACUGUACCUGGUGCUUGUACAUUUGGAAUUGGUGCCUUCUCCUUUUGGCAACCAUGUUAUCGAUCCCUUUUCUGUUCAAGUGUCUUAUUUAAAGUUUAUUGCUUGCCAAAGAUGACAUCACUGAGGUGUAGCAGAUGGAGAGAGCGCCUGCAGAUUUGACUAAGCAUAGCCUGUAAACGUCAGGUCAGCUCAGUACAAGAUAAUAGGAAGCUGGGGGUGGUUUUCUAGAAGCUGCACACCAUCCUAAACAGUGUGCCUGGCCAUUGUUUGUCACUCCAUGUGUCCCUUUGUGUCAUUUGUGUACUGGUGUGUUCACACACACCGUCCCCUGUCUUCUAGCAGCAGAUAGGACAGAAAAGUGAUGGAUGUGUUGCUUAGUGAGACCAGGAUGGAAAGAAAACUAUCAAAAGAGUGGUAUGUAAUGCCAUUUGCUUGGACUGGGAACAAACAAAGAUUUCUAAGAUGUUCUGAGACUUCCAGAAUCACUUUUGCUCUCUUAGCAGACUGUGGGCCUGCAGGGCCUUAAGAAGCAGACGGUCAGGCGGCAUUCUAGCGUACAUGGCCAGCUGAGGCUGCACUAACCGUGUGGAAAUAUCUUUUGUUGUUUGCAGCAUUUGGAUAUUUUUUUUUUUUUCUGCUUUCAAUACCAAAAAGAAAAAGAAAAAGAAAAAAAAAGUUGAUGCUUUAAGGUAUGAACAGAGUUCUUAAGAAUUUAAAAUAUGCAAUUAAAAUUCGAUGUUUUUGACUCCUAAGCACCUUUCCCCUGCCCCCCCGUUUUAAAUUUGGCGAUUUUCUCCUUAGAAAGAGGUUCAGCCGUAGAAAUCUAGGUGGGGGUGGGGUAUACACUGUUUUUGAGAAGUCUGGAGGAGGGUCACUCCAAAGGCAGGUACAGAAGAACUUCUUCAUCCUGUCCAAUAGUAGGCGCCCACUGUUGGAGAAGAGCCUGCCGACAGGUGCGGGCGUGGCGCAGCCCCAAGUCCCAGCCCAGGGAGGCAACAGAGUAACACUAGUCACAGGGCAGCUUUUGUGUUUCCAUCACAGCCCUGCUGAAAGGGGGAAGAAAACAUAGGGCAGGGUCCGCCUACGCUCUGCAUAGGCCUCCCGGGGACACUAGAGCACUUGAUAAGCCCUGCUCACCUAGUUUUCUGCAUGUCCUCUGCCAGUGGCUCUGUGUCUGUCUCUGUGCCUAGGCUACUUUCCAUAAGAUAGAUCUGUUCCCUCUCCACAGUGAUUAGACUUAUUCAUCAUCUUGGAUGGUGUGGCAAGCAGAGUGGCUGUGCCAGGCCCCAGGCUCAUUCUGUCCUGUCCCUUCCUGGUUCCAAGCACUGAGUGGCCUCCAGCCAUGAAGAGUCAGCUGUCGGUAUGAGUAUGACCAGUGUAGCUGAUUUUGCCUUUUUCUUAAGGGAGAGAGGCAUGCCAUUUUCAUUUGACGGAAGGGGGAAAGUGGUCUUUGCCUGGCUGCUGUUGGAAUAGUUUUCAUGUUUUAAACGUUUUUCAUGACACAGUCUGCAGUGAUGUAAAUCCAAGAAAUCACUUAGCUUUCAAAGCCGAGGGCUCUGGUCUUGAGCUGUGACUGUUCAACAUGUCAAAAAUUUAGGGGCAUCAGCGGGGUAGGUUUGGGACGUGACGCCUGAGUCUGAUGGAAUGUCACUUAAGCUUUGUGUUCUUAAAAAUUAUCAAUGUGAAUGUCAUAAUUAUAUAUUUUUGUGGGAAAAUCUUCUAAAUAUAAGUUAUUGUGCAAAAUAUAGUAUCAUGGUCACAAAUAAUAGUCUAACUUUUAGUUUAGAGAUCCCUAAAGAUAUAAACUGUAUUGCGUAUGCAUUAAAAGUUUGUUUUAUUUAAUUUUAUGUAAACGUGUAAAGUGUUUAGGUAAUUCUUUUCCCUUAUCCACUUAAACACCCUGUUACUUGAAUAUUGUGUUGGCUGGUCAGCAGCAGUGAUCAGCUCUGCAGGAGAGCUCUGACGGGGUCCCCAGGCCUCAGUUGUGCUGAUCAGCUCAGUGUCACACAGUUCGGUGCGGUGUCGGCAGGAGCAGAGGUUCGUGUAGCACACGACUGCCUCUUUAUUUGUUUGUCAAGACAGCUCCCUAAAGGUGGUUCUGGUGGUUUUUGUAUGACCCACCCAAUGAUGGCCACAAACCUUAAUCAAAAGACAAAAGGCUAAGAACUUACUGCGGAGGACUAAUUAAGCAGUUGCUUUCUGUCUAUGUAGUUUCCUCAGUACCACACACCGCCCUAAGUGAGCUCAUUGUCACUUUAAAUUUCAACUACACCCUGCUUCUAUCUCUAAAUAUCAGAUGGACUAUUGGUACAAUUGCACACCAAAAAUAAGCCACACAGUGCAUUACACUAACUGGGUCCCUGCUCUCACUCAAGCAAAGGAAAGACAGAACAGAGCUGUCUUCCUCUCUCGUCUGCCCUGUGUGUACACCUAGUGACCCAGGACCCCUGUAGACGUUGCCUCAGACUGACUAGCGGCCGUUAGGCCGCCCGAGUCUAACGAUGGUGUGCAGCGCUCCUCCCGCCACUCCCGGGUCUCUGCAGCUUCUCCUCACUGUAGCAAAGCACAAUUGCAGGAGCGUCACAAUUACAGUUCACAAGGAAGGUCAGUAGAGUCUAUGCAUGUUGUAAAAUAAUGACUGUUUACAGCCACCUUCUCGAAGACGAAAAUUUAUACUGGAGUGGAUAGCAUUCCAUUACGUAGACUUAAGACUUUGCUGAGUGCUUUUCAGAUUGCUUAAAAUUUUUUCAAGAUUUUAAAAGAUGUAUAAGGUUAAGUUUGCAAAUAUAAGGGAAAUGCUGUAUAUCUUUUGAAGUGAUGAAAUCCAUGUUAAAAUUUUAAAGAAACUAUGUUGUAAUAACGCUGUUGUAAGUAAUAUUUCCAUGUCUUUCUUUGCUUGUUUUCUAGUUCAGCACAGUCAUUGUGGUGAAUGUCCAUAGCAUUAUAACUGCUUAGCCAUUCAUUGAAUUACAACAUUUGUUAGUGGAGAUUGGGAAAUUUAUUUGUGAAAUUCUGCAGAAUUCAUUUUUCUAUUUCCAAUAUUUGCCGAAGUUAAAUAAUUUUCAAGCCAUUGAUGUAAUAAAAUAUGAAACAA